AUGGGGUGCAAGCACUUGCGAAUGUACGGGGUCCGCAAGUGGGUUCAUGACACGGUGGCUGUCUUGGGCAUGUCCGCCAGCUACGAGUGGCUGAACGCAGUCAUUGCCACGGCCAUCGCGUCGAACAAGAACGACACACCGUUCAAGCGGCUGGCAUUUAUCGGUGACACGGUGCUCACCCUUAUGGGUCGGAUGCAGCUGUUCUCACUCGAGGACAGCGCCAUGGAUGUGGGUCCGAUGAUGAGCGCCAUGCAGGACCUGGAGUCACGGGAAGCGUGUCAACAGUAUCUCAAGGCCACUGGCAUGGAUGAUGUUGUGCUUUCGGACUCGUACGAUAUACAAGCCGAGGCCAUCUUGGGUGCCAUCUACCUGCUAUAUGGCCUCGACGACAUCGAGCGCGUCUGGC